GUUCUUGGUAUUGUUGUGGGAGUUCUUCUGCAAGACCAUGAUGUUAGGCAGAGUGAGUUUCAGCAACUUCCUUACCAUCGCAUUUUCAUCAUGUUGCUGUUGGAAUUAAAUGCUCCUGAGCAUGUGCUGGAGACCAUCAACUUCCAGACACUCACAGCGUUCUGUAACACAUUUCACAUCCUGAGGCCUACAAAAGCUCCAGGUUUUGUUUAUGCCUGGCUGGAACUGAUCUCCCAUCGGAUAUUUAUUGCAAGAAUGCUGGCACAUACACCACAGCAGAAGGGUUGGCCUAUGUAUGCCCAGUUACUGAUCGAUCUUUUCAAGUACUUGGCUCCUUUCCUUAGAAAUGUGGAACUCACCAAACCUAUGCAAAUUCUUUACAAGGGCACUCUGCGUGUGUUGCUGGUCUUGUUGCAUGACUUCCCAGAAUUUCUGUGUGACUACCACUAUGGGUUCUGUGAUGUGAUCCCACCCAACUGUAUUCAGCUAAGAAAUCUGAUCCUGAGUGCCUUCCCACGGAACAUGAGGCUUCCAGACCCUUUCACCCCCAAUCUAAAGGUGGACAUGUUAAGUGAGAUUAAUAUUGCUCCACGAAUACUCACGAAUUUCACUGGAGUGAUGCCACCUCAGUUCAAGAAAGACUUGGAUUCCUAUCUCAAAACCCGUUCUCCGGUCACGUUUUUGUCUGACUUGCGCAGCAACCUACAAGUAUCAAAUGAACCUGGCAACCGCUACAACAUCCAGCUGAUUAAUGCACUGGUGCUCUACGUAGGUACUCAAGCUAUUGCGCACAUUCACAACAAAGGCAGCACCCCCUCCAUGAGCACCAUUACCCACUCGGCUCACAUGGACAUCUUCCAGAAUUUGGCAGUAGACCUGGACACUGAAGGCCGGUACCUCUUCUUGAACGCAAUUGCCAAUCAGCUGCGAUACCCCAACAGUCACACUCACUACUUCAGCUGCACCAUGCUGUACCUGUUUGCAGAGGCCAACACUGAGGCUAUCCAGGAGCAGAUCACUAGGGUUCUCUUGGAACGACUGAUUGUAAAUAGGCCUCAUCCCUGGGGUCUCCUUAUUACUUUCAUUGAGCUGAUAAAAAAUCCAGCGUUUAAGUUCUGGAACCAUGAAUUUGUUCACUGUGCUCCAGAAAUUGAGAAGUUGUUCCAGUCAGUUGCACAGUGCUGCAUGGGGCAGAAGCAGGCCCAGCAAGUGAUGGAAGGGACUGGUGCCAGUUAGAUGAGCUGCAUCUUGUGUUGUACGCGUGCCAGCCUGGAGGUCCCCAUCCUAUCGACCAACAGAAGACUCCGUAAGGCUCCUCCUGACCUUCCCAGCCCCCUUGAUUGGGUAGACGCAACAGACCCUGGGUGAAAGUCUCUGUGGGCACGUUCCAAAGUUUGAAACAAGUUUUUGACUUUUGGCCAAAAUUCAGAAGAUGCUGUGAAUAUCAUUUUGAACUAGUGUAAAUACAAGGAACAGAAACGUUUGUCUGGACUUUUGGGUUUGUGCAAAUUGUGUAAAAGGCAGGUGGGUAACUGCUGCCUGUCCAGCUUGUAAUAAAGGGGCAGCUACUGAUGCCAAGCACUUGUCUGGGGCAGACCUCCUUGUCCUGACAUUCCCAGACUCCCAAAGAAUAUUGAAAAGCCAGUUAUAAUAUUAUGUAACUUAUUUUUCUUUAUGUGGAUGGGGGACCUUUAAAUCACUAAGUUGUUUUACAGAGGAAAAAAAAAAUGGUGGAUGGUUUUGGAAUAUGGGAAUACUAUGGAGUAUGGGAGGGGUGAGGGAGGGUUAAGGUUCAGUGUUGCUUUCCUCCCCACCCUCAUCAAAUGCUGACAGACAGCAAGUGGAGUGGCAGUCAGAAAAUGCCUCUUUUCUGUUGGAGAAGACACCUCAGGCCUUUGGGGAGAGGGUCGGCUGUUUUUAGUAAAGAAACCAGAGACCAGGCCUAUAGCUUUUUCUUUUUCUUUUUUUUCUGUCUUUUUUUUGACACUUGUAAAU